GAACUUACACUGUAUCAUUCCUUAACUAAGACGCAUGUUGACAUUGCGCUUAUCUUACCCUUACCGUUUACCUGACAAAGCAACUUCCUUCUGCUCCCUACCAACCAAUGAAUCAAUGAAUAUGCUAUAUCUAAAACUACGUGAGCAUGUUGUACUGACUGUACCAGGCAACUUUCACGGACAAUACUUUAGUUGUCUAUCGUUAGAAGGUCGCUCCGGAGAUCUUCAGGAUGCUAAAAUGAAUAUUGUGCUUUUCUGCUCAGUUCGCUAUGUCAUUGGCUGUUUCAGUCAUCUCCGCUCUUCCUGGAGGUGCUGUGCCUGCCAGCCCGUCUGCCUCACCAGGAUCGCUUAAAUCAGGGGGUCUUAAGUCAAGCGAUGACAACCUUUUGGCUGGUAGCUCUUCUGAUGAAGAUGCUUCAGAUGAGGAAGCUUGGGCUCCAAUGCCAGUUCGUGGAGUGCUAAGCAAAUGGACUAAUCUUCUGCAUGGAUGGCAGGAGCGCUAUUUCGUUUUGUCAGAUGGUACCUUAGUGUAUUUUCGAAAUGCGGACGAAGUCAACCUUGGUUCUCGGGGGUCAGUUCGUAUCCGCAGUGCGUUCGUAAAGGCACACGAGUACGAUGAUUGUCGUUUCGAGGUGCGUGUUGGGGAGGUGAUAUGGUAUUUGCGAGCCGUUAAUUCAAGUCAGCGUCAAAGCUGGAUUGCCGCAAUCGAACGCCAUCGGAUCGCCGACUCAGGCUACGGAUCCGAACGUACAUUGCACCGGCCUAGUUCGCUUGUCUCUCUCAACUCUGUGCACAGUCCUAGCAUUGCCUCCUCCUCCAGCUUCAAACGUGGUCAUGGACUACGAGAAAAGCUGGCCGAAAUGGAAACUUUCAAAGAAAUACUAUGUAAACAAGUGGAUUCCCUUCAGGCCUAUUUCGACGCUUGCGGUGUUGUUCUACAGCACUCAACCGACGAUCGUUUGGAAGACUGGCUGAAGGAUGGUGGUGACCACACCAACUCGGACGAAUUGGACUCUCUGGAUGACAGGGAGUCUGUGCGCGGACUUCAUGGGCUCACUCAAAGAUCUGCUGGCGGUCUGUACUCGUAUGCAGAUGAACUGUUAUCCUCGAACUCACGCACGGCAUUGGCCGACCUGUCAUCGACAACGGAUUCUGAUUGCAUUCACCGAUUUAGAAUUGAAGAGAAUGAAUCUACAAAGUCACAUUCUCCUUCUAACAACCAAUCGGGUGUAACAUUACCUCAGUCCGUUGAUCAUCCCGCUGUCCCGAUAGGCGGCUCUUCCCUACCGUCGAGAGGGAAGGCUUACAAUGAUAACCAAACUGGGAAAACAUUCGCCUUUCCCGGCGCCUUUCUUUCUCGAUUCCUUCCUUCGUUUCGCAGUUCGGUCGCACCCCCACCGACGACACCUACAAAUUUUCUUCCAUCCGAGAAACCACCGAAGCACACAGAUUCCGUCUACGAACACGAAAUGCAGUCUUGUCAGAAUUUCUCCCGUUUCAACGACUUACGGCGUAUCCUGAAACAACACAGUGCGCGCGCUCCGGACUUUCGUGGAGAAAGUCACAUGUUUAAAGCCACAGCGGCUGGUAUCUUGACAAACCUGUCGCACACCAUCGAAUUGAUGCAGCAACGUGAGGAUCAAUGGCGUAAACGGUUCGAACGCGAGGCGGAGAAGCGUCGUCGCCUGGAAGAAACCCAACGUGCAAUGGCUCAGGAACUGAUUCACUUGCGUCAUCUUGUGGGCUCUCAUCGGUCAUCGAAUCGCUCCAACGCAGUCAGUCACUCGCUCGUUGCGCAUUCAUACGCACAGCACUAUGGCCCCAAUCGGCACACUCGCUUACAAAGCUGUGGUCAAUUGGAAUUACGUCAACUUCACUCAGCGGACUUAGCUAUCCCUGAGAUGAAAGAGAAAUCGACUACCCCCGACAGUCGGCUACUGUUCAAUUUGGUUGGGCCAGAUUUUGAGGAGGGUCCCAAUUCACCAAUUCGUGAGGAAGAAUUUUACGAUGCUAUCGAUGCGGAAUCGGACAAAAUUGAGCAGGAUGCGGUUCGACUCGCUGCACUUCGAUCGGCUGGACAGUUGCUAAAAUCUGUCAGAGCGAUGCCAUCCACCCAUCCACUUCACGCCAGCGUUGAACACGCGGUAGCGGAACGCAUCCGCAAUUAUGCCAACUCAGAUGCCUUUUUGUCACCGAAUUUGCGCGCUGCGUCACGUCCCAUCAGCCUGCAAACAACUUCCACAACUGAGAUGACAGCCACAACGGCGAGCGCAGCUGAAGACUGGCAGGUAGUCACACGGGAUGGAGAUAUGAUUAUUUACAAACGGGAGCUAGAAACUGACGACGGAGUGGUGCUGGACCCAUUGCAAGCUGUUCAUUUGGUUCACGGAGUCACCGCCCGUGAGAUGUGCUCCUACUUUUGGGAUGUACAAUUUCGGAUGGACUGGGAAUUUACCAUAGAUCGCGCUCCAACUGUUCUGGAGGUUUGUGGCGAUGACACAGUGGUGUUACAUCAGGUAUACAAACGAGUUUGGCCAACAACUCAGCGUGAUGCUCUCUUCUGGUCUCACAUUCGUCAAGUUGGUGUACGUUCAUCAACCCUUGCUUCCGACAAAGCACAUCAUCGCUCGUUCUCUACAGACACAUGUACGGUGCGCGAACCUGGUCUUUUCGAAUCACCCUCCACCGAUUCGUCCAACAACCCGGAUGGCGUGCUGGAUGGUUGGAUGGUUGUCAACAUGUCCACAGAUUACCAAGCUGACAAGGUUCCCAAAACUUCCUCGCCGAUGAUACGACUUGGUUUGGAUGUGGUGUUAUAUUGUCAGACACUGUUCGAUCCUUCUCCGCCAAGCACUCACUCAUCCGAAUCGCUCCCUCGUGAUCGACUGCGAACUCGUUUGGUUUACAUGGCCAACAUCAAUCCGGGUGGGUGGGUCCCAGCCGCUGGUCUUAGGACACUCGCUGCCCGUGAAUAUCCUCGAUUUUUGCGUCGUUUCAGUUCUUAUGUUCAGGAUCAGACGCGCGACACAGCGCCUCUUUUCUGACCGAGUGUUCGCUAGUGCCUGCUUGUGACUACCGAAGAAUCAUUGUCUCAUGUGCCUUGUAUAUGCCCCUUGACAUAUCCUGCAACCUCACAUCAGCUGUCGCUUUUGACUCCCCAUGUUUGAGCUCAGUCCCCGCCUUUCUUUUUCGUGCGGCUUUCAGAUAUCUUUCCAGCUGCUCUAUGUUUCAUUCGCUCCGUUCAGCUAAUCGCUGCAACUCAAUCUGAUUUCUCGUCAUGCCCAUUUCUGCGGACUUCAUAAAUGUUUUUAUAUGUAUUUUGCUCACGAUUUUAGACAUUAUCACUAUCAUCCCAACUAACUCAUGCGUUUGUGCUCUUCGAUGUUCGUUAUACCGCUGUCUGGUUCUCCUUUUGCCUUGUCUCUUUCGGCCUUCGUUGCUUUAGAUUUCUUGUUAUUUUGAACAUUAUUCACUGAAUAUUACUGUGAUUGGCCCUUGCGACCUGUUUUAGUCUGCUUCAUUUCUGGUGGUUUUUUGGCUUAAUGGUCGAGCGAAAUCCGUAAUUUUAUCGACAUUCGCUUCUUCACAAUUUGCCCUUGGUUCAUACGACAAAUUGGUCGGCAUAUGUUCUCCGCUUUAUUUGAGGCGCCUUUCAUCACCAUCAUCAAUACGGUUAGCUGUAGGUGAUAACUACACUUCAGCUAAUGUACCGGAAUCCAAAGAAGGGAAGUUCAAAUAAGUUCCACUGACUAUGUUGUUCAUCUCGACUACGAACUGUUGCUAACAAUGCUUUUAUGGUUUUC